AUGACUACAUUAAUCAACUGUCAAGAACUUCAGAGAGAAGAAAUUGAAUCAUUAGAAAUGAUAUUCGGUUCAGCUUGGUCAAAAUAUGAUGAAAAUAGUGAAACAUAUCGACUUGCUCUUGAAAGAAAUUCUGAACAACGUAUUGAGUUACAAGUAACAUUUAUUGAUGGUUAUCCUGUACAUAAUCCACCUAAAUAUUCAAUCUUUGCUCCUUGGCUUAAAGGAACUAAACGACAAAAAUUAAUGAAUGAACUUGAGAAUGUUAUCAAACAAUAUAAUAAUGAACCUGUAGUAUAUCGUUUAGCACAGACUAUUUAUGAUUUUCUUGAUGAAAAAAUUGUUUUUCUAAAUGAUGAACAACAUGAUAAUUUAACAAAAGACAAAUCAAAUGAUACUUGUGAAAUAGAUUAUGUUAAAUAUUCUAAACGAUUAUCUGUUCCACAAUUAUCACCAGAAGAAAAAUAUUCUUGUCCAGAAAUAUUUACUGAUGAACCAAAUGAAGAAGAUCGUGCUAGUGUUUUUCAAGCACAUUGUGCACGUAUUGAACAUGAAUGUCAAGUUCAGAUGGUAUUAGAUGAAUUGAAAAAACAUAAAAAAAUUGCAACUGCAAAACAUAACGUGUAUGCAUAUCGAGUUAAUACAGAAACUGGUAAGAUUAUCAACGAAUGUAAUGAUGAUGGUGAAAAUCGAGCUGGUGAAUGGGUUUUAGAACCAUUGGUGUUUAAUAAUCUGAAUAAUAUAAUGGUAGUUGUUACACGUUGGCAUCGUGAUUAUUCUAUACAUAUGGGUGCAGGACGAUUUACUGCUUAUAAACAAUGUUGUGCUGAAAUAAUAAAAAAAUUUCUUAAAUAA